AUGACACCUUUAGAAAUGCAUACUCAUAGAGAUAAAGAAUGGGAAUUUAUUAGAAGAAAAACAGAAAAGUUAAAUGAAGUUAAACAAAGAUUAUAUGAGAAUGGUUAUUAUGGAUUUCAACCUGGUGAUGAAGUUUUAGUUUAUUUAGAUACAUCAAAGACAAAACAACUAUUUAAGAAGAGAAGAAGGAAUUUUGAUCAUUUAGGUUUGUUUCAAAGAUAUCAAGAUGGUAAUGCAAUUGUCCUCGUUACUUUUAGAAAAGAUGAUGAAAUAAAUGAUGGAGAAGAUGAAAUUUUAGAAGGUGAUGUUGAAGUUGAAGUUCCUCUCUAUUUUGUCAAAAAAAUUUAA